AUGGAUGAUGAAUAUAAAGAAAAUUUUAAGAUGGCUGAAUCUGAAAGGAUUGCUAUGAAGAAGUGUGAUAAAGAGCUGGAUGAUCUCCAAGCUCUUCGCAAAAAGUUAGACGUUGAAGAAGAUGAUGUUAAGAAUGCGAAGCUUAUGCUCAAAAAUCAGAAGUCAUUGUUUCCUCCUUGGAUAAUGCAACACAUUCAGAAAGAGGCUAUUGACGAACCGGUGAUCUAUUGGUUGGAGCCCUCGAAUUCAUCUGAAUUUAAUUUAAUUUCCCCAUCACACCCAAGGCUUUUCUCUUUUGAUAUUUUGAGAAGAUUGAGAAGUCAUUAA